UCUAAAAAAGGAGUGAACGAUAUGUGAACUGUCGCAUUGCGACAAAAUUUAAACGAAUCAAGAUUUAGUGGAUAUUGUAAUAGUUUCAAUAUCAAUCAAUUGGAAACAAGACGUUGAGCGUAUUACACCUGAACUCAUCUUAAAGAAAUGGCAGAACAACUCACAGAGGAGCAGAUAGCUGAAUUCAAGGAGGCGUUCAGUCUGUUUGACAAGGACGGUGAUGGUACCAUUACCACCAAAGAGCUGGGAACCGUCAUGAGGUCCCUGGGACAGAACCCGACCGAGGCCGAGCUAAAGGACAUGAUCAACGAAGUAGACGCCGACGGCAACGGGACUAUCGACUUUCCCGAGUUCCUGACAAUGAUGGCGGCGAAGAUGAAGAAUGCGGACAGCGAGGAGGAGAUACGAGAGGCCUUCCGGGUGUUUGACAAGGAUGGCAACGGACAUAUAAGUCUGUUUGACAAGGACGGAGAUGGAAGCAUCACCACUAAAGAGCUGGGAACCGUAAUGAGGUCUCUGGGUCAGAACCCGACCGAGGCUGAACUACAGGAUAUGAUCAACGAGGUUGACGCUGACGGUAACGGGACAAUCGACUUUUCCGAGUUCCUGAUGAUGAUGGCGCGGAAGCUGAAGGAUGGGGACAGCGAGGAGGAGAUGCGGGAAGCCUUUCAGGUGUUUGAUAAGGAUGGCAACGGAUUUAUAAGUUCGGCGGAACUACGUAACGUGAUGAACAAUUUGGGCGAGAAGUUAACUGAGGAGGAGGUUCAGGAGAUGAUAAGAGAGGCAGAUAUAGACGGGGACGGACAGGUGAACUAUGAGGAAUUUGUCAAGAUGAUGACCAGCAAAUGAGAUCCAUGCCCUUUGAAUGCAGUUCAUAUAAGCUUUACGAAUGUAAUGAAUGCUAUGUGUUUGAAAGACAUACCAUGUGUAAAGUCGAUCAAUUUGUUCCUUAAUGCUACAUUUUGUAUUACAAAUAAUUCGAAUAAAAGUAUUUGAAGAUGUUCAA